AUGGCUUCUUUAAACAUGUUCAUUCCUCCGGUGGCCGCCGCAGGCCAGAGAAGAGUACGCGCAGCCGCCACGGCGGCCAAGAGCUCCGGCGGAAGCAGCCAAGAGAAGGGCCUGCUGGACUGGAUUCUGGGAGGGAUGCAGAAGGAAGACCAGCUGUUGGAGACCGACCCAAUCUUGCAAAAAGUGGAGGACAAGAGCGGCGGCGGCACCGUCAGCGGUCGCCGGAACUCCGUGGCCGUUCCACCGCCCAAAACUAAACCCAAUGGCGGCGGCGGCGGCUUUGGUGGCUUCGGCGGCCUCUUCGCCAAGAAAGAUGAAUGA